GUCACCUACUCCAGAGAGAAUCAGAACAAUGUCAUACGUUUUUGUAAACGACUCUUCCCAGACAAAUGUGCCGCUGCUGCAGGCUUGCAUUGAUGGAGAUUUUAAUUAUUCCAAACGACUGUUAGAGAGUGGUUUCGACCCAAAUAUUCGUGACAGCCGAGGCCGAACUGGCCUUCACCUUGCUGCAGCCAGAGGAAAUGUAGACAUUUGUCAACUCCUGCAUAAAUUUGGUGCUGACCUACUAGCCACUGAUUACCAAGGUAACACAGCCCUUCACCUGUGUGGGCAUGUGGACACCAUCCAGUUCCUAGUUUCUAAUGGACUUAAAAUUGAUAUUUGCAAUCACCAAGGUGCAACACCACUUGUUCUUGCAAAACGAAGGGGUGUGAAUAAAGAUGUGAUUAGACUGCUGGAGUCUUUAGAGGAGCAAGAAGUGAAAGGAUUUAACAGAGGAGCUCACUCAAAGCUGGAAACGAUGCAAACUGCUGAAAGUGAAAGUGCGAUGGAAAGCCAUUCCCUCCUUAAUCCAAACCUACAGCAAGGUGAAGGAGUUCUUUCCAGUUUCCGCACGACAUGGCAAGAGUUUGUGGAAGACCUGGGCUUCUGGAGGGUGCUGCUCCUCAUCAUUGUCAUUGCUCUGCUGUCGCUUGGAAUAGCAUACUAUGUUAGUGGGGUGCUUCCUUUUGUAGAAAACCAGCCUGAACUGGUGCACUGAGGCAAAUGCAAAGUGCACUGUCCUUUUCCCUGUUUUGAUCUUGGUUUGAGCUUCUUGGAACUAUUCUCUUGGUGCAGGCAGUGGCACCUGUAUAUACUGUUUGGCUUAUUAUUAACCCCUUUGAAAGGCGGAUUAAUUCCUUUCAAGUAAAACACUAAAUUCUAAAGCAUUCCUAAGCUACCUCUUACUUGACUUGCAAGCAAGAUGUGAAGAUAAUCCUCUCUGUUGAUGAAAUACUAUGAUUAGAAAAGGCCUUUCAUGAUGAAUAUUAAAUUCAUAAUUUAAUUAACAAUUAAAAUAUACCCUAGUACAGAACCAAAUUUGAUUUCCCUAUGAAGAGAGGUAAAUCUGUUGUUGGAUUUUUUUU